UCAUAAUUGUGUAAGCACUUUUUGAUACAAAAUGACCCACCACUUUGACUAGAAUUGCCAUAGUGCACAUGACACAGUAUAGAUAAUCAUGUAAUUUUACCACAUUGAUAUCGGGGGAUACAUAAACUACACUAACACUGCUCUCACACCCCCAUACUUCCAUUAUAAGUGGUAGUGAGAAUUACGCUCACAGUUACAUUUAUAGGGCCAUUUGUGGGCUGGCGAGAUGUCUCUCCUUGGUAGUCUUGUGCUGCCACUCCUCCUCAUACUUCUCCCUCUUUGCUGCAAUAAUGUUUACGGUGUCGGAAUAAACUAUGGAACAGUUGGAAGCAACUUGCCCUCACCAAAGAAAGUGGCUCAGCUACUUCAAUCGACCAUCAUUGACAAGGUUAAGAUCUACGAUACCAAUCCUGAAAUCCUUGAAGCCUUUUCCAACACCGGAAUUGACAUCAUUGUUGCUGUUGAAAAUUCUAAUGUCACAAACCUAAGCGCCAACCAGUCUGCUGCUGAUGAGUGGUUCUCCGCUCGUAUCUUGCCCUUCAUUCCUGCCACUUCCAUUGUGGCCAUUGCCGUAGGAAAUGAGUAUUUAACCCCGGAUGGUGAUGGUGAUGAUAAAUUGGACCAUAAUGCCUUAGUCCAAGCAAUGCAAAAUCUGCAUUCAGUUUUACUAUCACGCGGGCUAGCCCGCAAAAUCAAAGUGUCCACGCCACAUAGCAUGGCUGUUCUUGCUACUUCUUUUCCACCUUCAUCUUCCACAUUUGCCACCACCCUCCUUCCUACCAUGACUUCCAUUGUCACGCUUUUAGCAGAUACAAAUUCCGCCUUCAUGGUUAAUGCGUACCCAUAUUUUGCUUACCGGGACAAUCCCAGUACGGUCAAUUUAGAGUAUGCAUUACUAGGAAAUGCAACCGGGGUACGUGACCCUAAAGGUUACGUGUACAAUAACAUGCUAGAUGCACAAAUUGAUGCAAUUCGAUCAGCAAUCAAUGCACUUGGUUUUGGAAAUCGGUCGAUUCAGAUUAUGGUAUCAGAAUCUGGAUGGCCAUCCAAGGGAGAUGCAGGAGAAACCGCUGCAACCACUCAAAAUGCUAGAACCUAUAAUAGCCGAUUAGUUGAACGUGCUCAGUCAAAUAAAGGUACCCCCAUGAGCCCAAAAGAUGGCAUUGAUAUUUUUGUGUUUGCCUUGUUCAACGAAAACAAGAAACAAGGAGGGACUAGUGAGAGGAACUUUGGGAUUUUCAAUGCGGAUGGAUCGAAGGUUUAUGAUGUGGAUUUGAGUUGUCAAUUCUGUAGCGGAAAUUCUGAAAAAAUGGGGGGUUUUGGAGAGAAAUUGUCACUAAGGGGACCUUCAGUUUGGUGUGUAGCUAAGCCACAUGCAGAUGAGAAGGUGAUACAGGCUGUGCUGGAUUUCUGUUGUGGACCUGGAGGUGUCGACUGUAGGGAGAUCUAUGAAAAUGGCUACUGCUUUCAGCCUGAUAAAAUUCACGCCCAUGCAUCCUACGCCAUGAACGCUUAUUACCAGAUGCAUGGAAGGAACUAUUGGAACUGUGACUUCAAAGGCACUGGUCUUGUUACCUUCAGCGAUCCAAGUUAUGGAAGAUGCUUCUAUUCGCAACAGUGACACUGGAAUCAGAAAGGGGUACUGUGAGAUCAAUGUAAUUCAAAUUGCCUUUUCAAUCCUUGUUACUCUUGGACUAGUAGGUUAUCAAUGUUAUGUUCCUGUCAUGAAAAAGUCCGUAAUCAAAGGAUUUUUGUUCUCCGAGAAA